AUGCGUAACAAAAGUAAUUCUAAAAUUUGUGAUUAUGAACGAGGAAAUCUAACAAUCAGAUGGAAAAGUAGUGCGUUCUUCAACUGGAUGCAGAAUAAGUUCAAUGGAGGACAAGGGGAUAAGAAGCCAAAUGCAGUUCCUGCUAGUCGUCAUACAAAGAAAGAACCUCCGAAGGAAGAAUUCAGUGACUGGCCUCAAGGAUUGCUGGCAAUUGGAACUUUUGGCAACACGGAUCUUACAGAAAAUCAAGAGAGCCAAAUUGUACAGAAUCCAGACCACGAAAUCCUCCCGGACGAGCAAUUUUCCUCUCCAGAUUUUUCGGAAUUCACUGCUGAAGAAGUCAGAAAGUUACAGAAGGAGUUGACAACACUUUUAACUCGCAAACCAAAAGCUGAAGAACCAAUUAAUGAUCUACCAUUAGAUAGAUUCCUCAACUGCCCUUCUAGCUUGGAAGUAGAUCGCACAAUUUCUAAUAGAUUCAGCAUCAGCACUAUUUCAGAUGAUAAAGACGAAGAAGAAAUUGAUCGAACCAUUAGAAUAAUCCUCGGAAGAUGUAAAGAUGUUUGUGAAAAGAAGAAGAAAGCAAUUGGCAAGAAAUCAGUAACUUUCCUUCUCAAGAAAAUGUUUGCUUGCAGAAGUGGCUUUGCACAAACUCCCAGCCUUCGAGAUCCAUUUCCUGAAUCACGGAUGGAGAAGCUUUUGAGGACAAUGCUCACCAAAAAGAUGUACCCUCAAAAUUCUUCUCGAGGAUCAUCCACAAAGAAAUAUCUAAAGGAUAACAGACAUACAUCAAAUGCAGAAAAUCAAGAUACAUCAAAUGCAGAAAAUCAAGAUGAAGUGCGGGAGAAAAGACGCCAGGGGUCUAAAUGGGACAAAACUGAUUCUGAAUACAUUGUUCUUGAAAUUUAA